AUGGACAAAGACAACGCCAACCCCACCAUCCUCAACACUUCCCAGCUCCCCACGAGGCAGAACAGGAAGAAUGGAUCAGCCCUAAAUGGACCAUUUACAAAUUCCAGUGCCCUUGUGCAUAAGCUCGGGUACACGUCCAGCCCUCCUUGGGAGAUCUCAGAGUCCGAUGGCACGGAUAGUGACGCUGAGGGCGACAUGGAGCUUAUCGAUGAGCAGGAUAUUUAUGACCUGAUUUCGAACAUUUCCGACCCGGAACACCCGCUGUCCCUUGGUCAACUGGCGGUGGUGAAUCUCCCCGACAUUGACAUCACCCCGUCUCCUUUGGUGGCGGCAGAUCCCAACACCCUGACACAAGUACUUGUCAAGAUUACUCCUACCAUUACCCACUGCUCUCUUGCGACUGUCAUUGGUCUGGGGGUGAGGGUACGUCUCGAGAAGGUGCUGCCACCCAAUUAUCGCGUGGACGUCAUGAUCAAGGAGGGUACCCACAGUCAAGACGAUCAGGUCAACAAGCAGUUGGCCGACAAGGAGAGAGUGGCGGCAGCCCUAGAGAAUGACACUUUAAGGGGCGUUUUGGACAAGAUGCUGGAGAAAUGUGCCUGA